UGACACACAGUGCCGGUUGUCACAGAGGCGUACGUGCCGCGACAGCUAUUUUUUUCCUCUCUUUCCUUUCGCCCCGCGCGCCCGUAAUUUCAGCUUCGCCCAACGCUGCUCGCAAGGACGAGAACAACCUGUCGAAUCAUGAGUAGCCUGUACCCGAAUCUGUGCGAGAGAUUCAAAAGCGAGGGUGUCUGCCCGAUCUGCCUGAUGGAAAUGGAACUAACGCCCAGAUACGCUUGCUCCAAUCAUCAUACAAUGUGUUAUCGUUGCAAACCUUAUUACUACGACUGUCCCACUUGUCAGUGGCCGUUGCACAAGGAAAUGCCAUCACGAACGUCUUCAUCGUUAUCGCCAACCAAAGAUUUUCAGCCUCACCCACUUCCACGCAAGUUCCAUCAGUAUCAUCCUAGCGCUCCAAAACUGGACGAGUUUCAAGAACACGAGAGAAACUAUUACCCAUCACCGCCACUUCAAGAUCAAGAACUAAAUGAAUGUGCGUACGCUCAUCUGGGUUGCUGGGUGAAAGUACCGACAAAUUUAGUGGACCUACACGAGUCUCGAUGUCAAUUCCGUCCUCACUUAGAGGAGGAAUACCUUCCCACAGACGUAGCCCAUAAACACGACGAUUUGAUCGAGUGCACCUAUCGAGUGGUGGGUUGUAAUGUGAAAACGUCACCCUGGAGGAUUUCGAUUCACGAGAACCAUUGCAUCUACAAGGAUCGUUUCAACGAGCAGAACAUUAGCGAUUCCAUGGAACGAGCGACCAUCUCGAGUGACGAUUAUGAAGAUCCUGAAGAAUUAGUUGAAUGCAAAUACAGAAGAUAUGGCUGCAUGGUGAACAUGCCUAGAAGACGAAAGCAGUUACAUCAAGCGAAAUGUAACUAUCAGAAAUAUGAUACCGGUGAUGACGAUACUUCGUCAGAAAGAGAGUACGAUCCUGACGAACAAGUUUCUUGCGGAUGGGCCGAAUAUGGAUGUAAAGUGAGACCUAAACGUAGUCGUUUGGAAACGCACCAAGCGAAAUGCAAUUACAAAAUGGAAGAGUGUGCUUACAAGUAUAACGGAUGCACCGCCAAGUUUCAACCAGCUAGAAAAUACGCUCACGAAAGAAACUGCGAAUUUAAUUAUCUUUCGUAAAUCAAGUAUUUUAUAAAGAAAAUAGAUACAAGAUUAUCUCUUAUUGGUCGGAUCUUUUAGUAAACGUUUUUUGAACUUUUCAUUUAAUCGUAUAAAAUAUUUUUUAAAAAUAUUUAUUAUUUGAGAAAUAUUUUACAAGAAUUACAAGUAAAUUAGCAUAUUAUAUUAGUAUUUGAAUGAUAAUUGAAAGGUUUGCGCCGUGCGUUUCAUAAUAAAUGACGAAACGUUCUUAAUCUCCCCAAUAUAUCACGAGAAGACGUACAAGCAUUCAAACCAACGUCGUUAGUACUUCCAAGUAUCGAUUUGCAUCUAGCUAUACAUUGUUCCAGAAGACAGUUCAAGCACAUUGAAUACCACACUAUUAAUUACGUUACCAUCGAUUAGGUUAGCUUAGAGGAAGAGUGUUUCAUCUAAGCGAAACGAAUUCGAAUUCUAAAAUCAUUCGUUAGAGAAGUAGGAUUUAGAAGAUGUAUUAAAAAAUACAGUAGAUACCCUGUAAAAUACUGGUUUCCUAUCUAUUUUGUAAUAAUAUAUUUAUCAAUAACACUGUGAAACUACUUCAAGAUUCAAAUAUCUUGUUAUACUUCAAAAAAGAAACUACAAAGCAUACAAUUAAAUUAAACAAUACGUACGCCACCCUGUGCACUUUUACUAUUCCAAUUACGCGUUUAAUGCCAGUUAACAGGUGUCCUCCUUUUAAACGGCACGUCGAUUCGGUUUUCCAAUGAACGAACUAAAUCCAAACUUAAUUACAUUCGCAAUCUGCAAUAUCAUCAACUAGAACAUGCGCAUUUCUACGUCUGCCACGAUGCAUUUGCAAGAAAAUUUAUAAACCCUUUAACUCAUGAUUUCCAAUAACUUGACAAAUUAUGCGAAUAUUAUAAUAAAAAUGUAUUUCUCUUCUAGAAGCGAGACAAGUACAACGAAUGCAAAUUUAUGCAAAUUAUCAUUUUACGACUAAAUGACACAAUUUCUAAUUUGAGAAAAAUGUGAGAGAACAGUUUGUCAAAUUACUAUAUUUUUAUGAAUACGAUUAAAGAAUGGAAACGACGGAAUUUUUAAUCUCAGGAAACUAUGCAAAGAUUUCGUCAAAUGGUUGUAUUUUUAUGAAUAUAAUUAAAGAAAGUAAAUGACAAAAUCUUCGACUAGAGAAAGAGGCGAGUAAAGAUUUUGUCACUA